AUGGCAAAGCAAGAAGAAAUCAGUAUCAAGGUAGAGAAUGCUUUGAAGAAGCUAGGUACGAGACACCAUGUCAAUACCAAGAAUUCCUCAGUAUAUGUAGGGGACACAGGAAUCGAGUACGAUACGAAGGAGAGGGUUGUGAAAAGCGUCCUUCCUCCUGUCAACAGCAUACCCAGAGAGGAGGAGCUUUUUGAUAAGGAUGGUGUUCCGGAUUACAGGUUUUUGAUGAAGCAUUUCCAAAGGGAGGGCCGGCUCCUGGAGGACCAGUUGGUGAGGAUUAUUGAGAAGGCCGAGAGUAUCAUGAAGGAAGAGCAAAACCUGUUGUACGUCGAUGUGCCGGCAACUGUUGUGGGGGACAUACACGGCCAGUUCUACGACUUGUUGGGGAUGUUUGAAAUGUGCGGCGACCCGAGUGAGACACAGUACAUCUUCUUGGGUGACUACGUCGACAGGGGCGACCGAUCAAUUGAGGUGUUGAUUUUGCUUUAUGCGAUGAAAAUCAGCCACCCUACACACAUGUGGCUGCUUCGGGGCAACCACGAGAGCAGGCGGAUGACGUCGUACUUCACGUUCCAGAAGGAGUGUCUCUGCCGGUACUCGGAGCACUUGUACAAGGCGGCCACAAGAUCGUUCAGGGCACUUCCUUUGUGCGCAGUGUUGAACCACCAGUUCUUCUGUGUGCAUGCCGGAAUCUCGAGCAGCUUGUGGGACUUGGAGGAUAUCAACGAGAAGAUCGACCGAUUUACGGAGGACUUCCCCAGCAAAGGGCUCUUCUGCGACUUGAUGUGGUCGGACCCGUCGGAGAGGUACGACGAGGAGGAUAUUGACGAAGACGACGUGAAGCGGUACUACACGUUCAACUACGAGCGCCGCUGCAGCGAUUUUUACAGCUACCGUGCGGUGGAGACGUUUUUAAAUCACAACGACUUGUUGAGUGUGGUGCGGGGCCACCAGCCGCAGGACUCCGGGUACCGGAUAUACAAGGUGAACGAGAUGACGAGUUUCCCGAGCUUGAUCACGAUCUUCUCUGCGCCGAACUACUGCGGCACCUACAACAAUAUGGCAGCCGUGUUGGUGUACAAUGGCGAGUCGUUUAACAUCAAGCAGUUCGAUUCCUACCCGGCUCCGUACUUCCUUCCGAACCAGAUGAACCUCUUCGAGUGGUCACUGCCGUUUGUGGGCGAGAAAGUGGUGGAGAUUCUUUCUGCUGUUUUGAACAUCUGCACGGAGGACGAGCUUAACAAGGACGAGAUCUCUUUGGAUCAGGAGAACAUGAGGUUGAUCCGGGAGAUCGACGAGAGCAACCGGGAUGAGACCGAAGCUGGCACCGCCGUCGACACUGACGCCGGGCCGCACAAGAGACCGAAGACGGCAUCUGCCGCCGCGGCCCACGCCGAGAAAGUGGCCGAGAACGACAGCGAGGACAAGAACACCGUUACCGGCGGCAGCCAAGUGUUGUUUGGCGAGUCUAUCCGGAAGAAGAUGCUCAUGGUCGGACGGAUGUCCCGCAUCUUGAGCCUCCUGCGGGAGGAGCGGGAGAAAAUAGACGAGCUCAAGAGCCUCAACCACGGCGAGCUGCCGAAGCGUACGUUGAUUGACGGCCGCGAGGAGCUCCACAACAAGCUCCGCUCGUUCAAGGAGGCCCGUGACAUGGAUAUCGCCAACGAAGGUCUUCCGCCGACCUCCGCAGAGAUGGCCGCCCGGGCGCAGCAGCGCUCGGAGAAGUACCAGCAGUACGUUUCCAGUGACGACGACGAUGCCGACGUCGAUCCGGCAGAGGUCGGCGACGCUUAA